UCAUAUAUUCAUUUAUAUCUAUACAUUAUAAUUAUUCAAUAAAAAAAAUGGGAAAGUCAUUUCCACUUGUAGCAAUUUUUGUUUUUGCAAUGGCUGUGAAUGUUUGCUAUGCAGUUGAUUACAUAGUUGGUGAUUCAGCUGGAUGGAACCCUGCUGUUGAUUUCAAUGCUUGGGCCGCAAGCAAGACUUUUACAGUUCGCGACUCGCUCGUGUUCAGGUAUACAAAGGGAGCCCAUAAUGUGGUUCAAGUGAAUCAAAUAAGUGACUAUGCAAAUUGCUAUUCUGGACAGAGUGUUCCAUUGACAAGUGGAAAUGAUGUAAUCCCACUAAGGAGUUCUGGAGCCAAAUACUUUAUUAGCAGUGUAAAGGAUGACUGUGCCAAGGGUCAAAAACUCACUAUUAAUGUUAAAUGAGAAAUUUAAUUACAUUAUAACAAUCAAUGUAAUUUUAAUUAUGACAUUUAUGAGCUUAUUAAUAAAAUUUUCAAAAUUUUUGGUUGGGUAUAUAAAUUAAAAUUUUUACUCUUGAAUUUUAAUAUAUGCUAAAUUAUAUUUUUUUAAUUAUUUUAGUUAAAUUUUUUCUAUGAAUUAUUAAAAUUAAUAUUAUUUAAUUUAAAAAAUUUUGUCAGAAAAACCUAAAUUCAACAAUUUCAACCAAACAUAAUUUCUUAUAUAUAUACAUUCCUAAUUUGUUAUUAUCAUAAAAUUCGCAUUUAAUACUAUUAAUACAAUAUUAAAAUGUUCAUAUAUAAUAACCGAUAUUGUAUUAAUUGUCUUUUACGUGUACAUCUAUCGUUGAUUAUCAUGCCAGUCUAAAUCCAGUGAACUGACAAAUCAGGGAAUAAACUUUCGAACAUAUAAUUAAGAUUAUAUUCUACUGUGCUGACAACACUAUAAUCAUUAACAAAUUCAUAUGUUCUGGACUUAAAUAGAAUUUAUACAUUAUAUGUAUAUAAUCAUGAAAUAAAUCAUGUGAACUAUUCAACAUAAAAUGUUAUUUCUGAUCUUUAUUAAUAAGUAAAUCUGAUUAUAUUGAAAAUGAGUUUUAUUUAGGGCACAAAAUCCAACAACUGUCUUCUU